CCCCCUCCUCCAACCCUCUCCGCUCCUGAUGGCUCCUUUAGGUGAAGUUGGGAACUAUCUCGGGGUCCAAGACGCCGGCCCCUUUGGGAACGUGCCCGUCUUGCCGGCGGACAGCCCGGUUUUGUUAAGCGACCACCUAGGGCAGUCCGAAGCAGGUGGACUCCCCCGGGGGCCUGCGGUAACGGACUUGGAUCACUUAAGAGGCAUCCUGAGGCGGAGGCAGCUCUAUUGCAGGACUGGAUUUCACUUAGAGAUUUUCCCCAAUGGUACGAUCCAAGGAACCAGGCAAGACCACAGCAGAUUUGGUAUCCUGGAAUUUAUCAGUAUAGCAGUCGGCUUGGUCAGCAUUCGAGGGGUAGACAGUGGACUUUAUUUGGGAAUGAAUGAAAAAGGAGAAUUAUAUGGCUCGGAUAAAUUAACCCAGGAGUGUUUUUUCAGAGAGCAGUUUGAAGAGAAUUGGUAUAACACAUACUCAUCAAACCUAUAUAAGCAUGUGGACACUGGAAGACGAUAUUAUGUCGCAUUAAAUAGAGAUGGAACUCCCAGAGAAGGGACCAGGACUAAACGGCAUCAGAAAUUCACGCAUUUUUUACCUAGGCCAGUGGACCCUGAGAAAGUCCCUGAACUAUAUAAGGAUAUUUUAAGCCAAAGUUGACAAAGACAUUUCCUUCACUUGAGCCCUUAAAAACCAACAACCACUAUAAAGGUUUCAUGCGGUGGGUUCUUAAUUGAUUAGCUGUGUCAUCACAUCAGCUCCACUGUUGCCAAACUAUGUCGCAUGCAUAAUAUAUGAUGGAGGCUUGGAUGAAACUUGCUGAUGGUGUUCUGCACUUAAAAGGUUUGUCUUCUGGAAGAGAGCCUAUGCCCAUCGCUUGAUUUAUUGAGUGAGAAAGAAAGAAAGAGUGAGAAUGUUUGAGAGUGAAAGCAGAAGCUGAAGAACGAAGGAAGGUGGGAAAGGCCUGAUGCAUGCUGGGAAAUAGACACGCUUUUAAUUUUUUUGGUCUGUUGUAUACUUCAUCCUAGAUCAGCAUAGCUGCCAUACUUUGACUCAUGAAGAAUUUUGGCUGGUGGCCUGCUCAAGUGUACGCUGCAUUUUUUUUUCAAAAGCAAAGGCAUGGAGGGUAUGGUCUGUCUAAAAUCCACACAGGAAAAAAGAGACUUACUUUCAGUUUGACUGCUCAGUUGAGAGUCACCCCCUAAUGAAUUUCAAGACCUCUUAGUAAUACAGGAUUUUUUUUUAAAAAAAGUUAAAUUUAUUUAUAGAAAUCCAAAGGCAACAUUUUAUUUAUUUUAUAUAUUUAUUUAUUAUAUAGAGUUUAUUUUUAAUGACAUCUGUACAGGCCAGAUAGGUAGAUUGGAAGCUAUAGUAUAGGCUCUGGAAAACAUUUCAACAGCAAACAGCUACGACCGUGUGAUUACAUUCAUACAAGUCAAACAUAAAGAUGCAUGGAGGCAAAGAGGAAUCUAGGGAUCCUAAUGUACUAAAGGCAACAAUAUUUUUUGUGCCCAUAUUAUUGUAAAAUUAUGCACACCACUCAUGACUCUUGAGUGCUUACUCUUCUGACUGCUUGUUUCAUAGCUUAAAAUCUCCCCCUUUCCUCUCCCUCUCUUACUGAGGAUUAAAGAUAAAACUGGGUCUUCAAAACUUUAAUUCUGUGUCUGUAGUAUUUCCUCUUUGAUAAGUAACUUAUCAAACUUAAAUCUACAAACUUCCCAAUUGUGGAAUAUAAAACACAAGAAAAGAAGGGUUGCUAUAUGAUAUAUUCUACUUGUUAAACCUACUGCAGAUAAUA